AUGGUCCUGUGGCAUAAAAAUACUCACGUCUUUGACAACGAUUUUGCCACAGUAUCGUUGGCUUUCUUCAACAGAUAUCCGAACCCUUAUGCCAGUCAUGUACUAUCGAUAGAUACGCUUUCGAGAGAAACAGAUUCAAACGGGCAUUUGCACACUACUAGAUUAAUAAAGAAGUCAGGUAAACUACCACGAUGGUCAAAGACUUUUUUGGGGAAGAUUACGGACUCAUGGAUCAUCGAACGUUCGGUAGUGGACCCUUCCCGGGCUGUGAUGAAAACCUAUACAAAAAAUUUGGAUCAUACAAGAAUUAUUCAAGUGGAGGAAUAUACUACGUAUCAUCGUGAGGAGAAUAGCUCGAAGACUUUUGUUACCAGUGAAGUGAAAUUUUCAAGUGGGUUCCAAUUGGGUGUAAAGAAUAAAAUCGAGGACUGGUCUCGCUCAAAGUUUGAUGAAAAUAUCAAGAAGAGUAGGCUCGGCAUGGCUUUUGUCAUGCAGCAAUUGCAAAAUAGAGGUGAGUUUUUGUCUUCUUGA